CAAACACACCCAUUUGUACGAAGAAGAAGAAUAUCUGAGUGGCAGCAGAGAAGAGAGAGAGAGAGAGGAGCAAUGGAGUUGUUCUACUAUGUGUUGUUUGGGGCCAUGGCUGCUGUUGUGGCAGUUCUUGAGCUGGGUGGGAAGAGCAACAAAGAUCGAAUCACAACUUCUCAGGCUUUCAAUUCAUUCAAAAACAAUUACAUUCUUGUUUACUCUCUUAUGAUGGCUGGUGAUUGGCUACAGGGUCCAUAUGUAUACUACCUUUACAGCACAUAUGGCUUUGGCAAGGGGGAUAUUGGACAGCUAUUCAUUGCUGGAUUUGGAUCUUCCAUGCUGUUCGGCACAAUUGUUGGAUCUCUUGCCGACAAACAGGGCCGGAAGAGGGCAUGUGUAACUUACUGUAUCACGUACAUACUGAGUUGCAUCACCAAGCAUUCCCCUCAGUACAAGGUUCUGAUGGUUGGACGUAUUUUGGGUGGCAUUGCUACAUCUCUACUGUUUUCAUCGUUUGAGUCAUGGCUUGUAGCAGAACACUUUAAGAGGGGUUUUGAGUCCCAAUGGCUUUCACUUACUUUCUCCAAGGCAAUAUUUGUCGGAAAUGGUCUUGUUGCAAUUAUUGCUGGAUUGUUUGGAAAUUUUCUUGUUGAUUCAUUAAAUCUCGGCCCUGUGUCUCCUUUUGAUGCUGCUGCCUGCUUUCUUGCCAUUGGAAUGGCAGUCAUAUUAUCAUCAUGGUCGGAGAACUAUGGAGACCCAUCAGAGAGCAAAGACUUGCUAACUCAAUUCAAGGGUGCAGCUGUGGCCAUUGCUUCAGAUGAGAAGAUUGCAUUACUCGGUGCUAUACAAUCUCUAUUUGAAGGUUCCAUGUAUACAUUUGUGUUUCUCUGGACUCCUGCCCUCAGCCCAAAUGAUGAAGACAUUCCCCAUGGUUUUAUUUUUGCAACUUUCAUGUUGGCUUCAAUGUUGGGAAGCUCAUUUGCAGCUCGCCUUAUGGCGAAGAACUCACCUAAAGUUGAGAGCUACAUGCAGAUUGUUUUUGUUGUAUCUUCUGCAUCUCUCAUGCUGCCCAUUCUGACAACUUUCUUGGUACCUCCUUCAAAUGUGAAAGGGGGAGGCAUCUCCUUUGCUGGAAGUAUCCAGCUUCUUGGCUUCUGUACCUUCGAGUCUUGUGUUGGCAUCUUCUGGCCGUCCAUCAUGAAGAUGAGGUCUCAAUACAUUCCCGAGGAAGCAAGGAGCACCAUAAUGAACUUCUUCAGGAUUCCCCUCAACCUCUUUGUCUGCAUUGUACUUUACAAUGUCAAUGCUUUCCCCAUCACUGUGAUGUUUGGCAUGUGCUCAAUUUUCCUCUUUGUUGCAUCCAUAUUGCAAAGACGGCUUGCAGCCAUUGCAGACAAGCCAAAAGCAGAAGAUUGGACAGCAAUGAAGGAAAGGGAUACUGAGGCUGAUCCAUUGAAUGCACCUUGAUUGAGUUAAUCAAGGUGAGCAGACAAAUAUCCUCUGGAAAUUUGUUUGGGAACGUCUAUUUAUUACCAUAAUCAGCCAUCCGGGUUUAAUAUUAGUUGAGCUUACAAUAUUUGAAGAGCAAUGACCAUGGGAUUAAAAAAUGGAGCUGUUCCUGCCUUGCAGAUAAGGAAGAGGCAGAUGAGCUAGUGGUGUUAUUAUCAUUCCCUGGUAGUUGUUGGUAGAAGACGAUCAACGUUUUCCACUAUUUUCGUGCUGCUGGGAUAGUUAUUAGUUACUCUGAUUUCCCCCCUGUUUUUCUUGGCCUUGGUUCAAUUGUUGACGGAGGCCUCUAUAUUUAUGUCAUAGUUUUGAUCUUUUUGACAAUUUAUCUCCCAAUGUAAUAGUGAAAAAGCACAAGUCAAUUCUUUUCUAGCAAAGAUGCAAUUCUUGGGAA